GGCACCACGCCGGAGAUGUUCCCCGGUGCCGUCACGAACGAGCUAUGCGGACCUGUGCGCGGUGGUGGGGCCGCGGUACUCUCCCCCUCCGCUCGGGAAUACUCCUCCUUCUAAUCCCGCCGUUUCUCCUCGCGCUCCAGCUCCUCGUCGUCGGGACGCGGUUACCUCGAGCCGCCAGGGCGGGGGCGCGGGAGCAGGCGGGCGCGGUUGCCUUCUCCGUGAUCAGCAUCGAGCCGGAGAGCAACUCGCGCCGCGGGGGAACCCCGUCCCGACGGCGACCGGGUCCGGAGGAAGAGGAGGAGGUGGAGGUGGAAGAUGGGGAGAGGAGGGAGGGGACACGAACCUAUGAGGAUGAGAACGAAAUCCACUGGCGCCAGGUUGGAUCCAGAACGCUGGAGGUGCAGCCGUGGGCGGCCGACGAGCCGUCAUUCGCAGCAGAACUCAGUCGUAUCAUCGCAUAUAUCACCAGGCCACAGCUGAACUGCUCCAGGGUUUUAUCCCCGGGUCAGGCUCAGGCAUCACAGCCCCCCGCAGAUUCACACCACUGGCUGCUGUGUGCCGAGGACUGGCUCCUUCCAGCGGCAGACAGACCGUGUGUUGCAUACUCCUUCAGCAUGGAUGGAAGAGAUGCAGACUUUCUGAAGACUGUGGCAGGGCUAGGGUGUGAAGUGCACUGUUUUGAUCCGAGCAACUCCAAUACAUCUGAUGGUCACCUUGGCAACAGUUUGGUUAGUAACCACGGUGACGGAGGUGUGGUCAGCCAGCACAAGAUGUGGCUGGAGUGGCGCGUUCCAAGGAAGCGCAAGCACAAAACAAGAGGCAACCUGGGUAGUGUUUCUCAAACACUGGCAGAUAUCAUGGCAGCUCUGGGACAUCACACAGUUCAGUUUUUGUAUGCUGACCUGCUCAGUGCCGAAUGGCGAGUUUUCCAGAACUGGAUUGAGUCAGGAACCCUGCAGAGUGUCCAUCAUCUGGUUGCCACAGUGCAUCUGCAAUGGGCAGGGUUUGAGGUGGGAGGAACCGAUGAGGAAGUGCUCCGCUAUUGGUUCAGCAUCCUACAGGGUCUCCAAGCGUCUGGACUCAAGCUGAUUCACAGCUCUGCAGGAGAGGGUCAAGGUGUCCUAAAACGGACAGCAGCAAAUGCUCACAGCUCCUACACACUCAGCUGGGUCAACACAAGACACUGACACUCACACAUGUAUGGGCACAGGUGUACACACAUGACUGGACAUUGUGGAUGGCCUCAAACAAAAAGGAGAGGGGGCUUAAAAAUAGUUGGAAGUGUUUCUUACAAUAAACUUUUUCUCCUCUCAUUUCAGGCACAUGCAUUUCUUAACAUGACAUCUCCCUCUAGUGGGGAUGAAAGGACCUUCAUUUUUAUGACUCCACCCUCUGAGGGAAAUACUGUUGUGUCUUAACAUAAUAAUGGCUAAUUUCAUCAUGAUUUGAUGAUAGGGAGCAGGAGGGGGCAUUUCUGAUUAACUGGGCCUUAGCGCAAUAAAAUAAUAAUUAGAUCUACAGAUUUUAUUCUGUCUAACUCGUAACAUAAAAAGCAGCAGAUAUGUGUAAAUUACUGCGCUGUCCUAAUUACUCCUAACUACCAAACAGCUGUCUGGCAGGUACCAAUGCAUUUUCAUUUCUUUUCUUCUCUUUUUUUUUUUUAGUUGAACCACAGACCUGUGAUUUUAUCAAUAUCAUAUCUUAUUAUAUUGUACAGUGCAAACCCUUUUGCAUUAAUUGGAUCGAGCUGUAGUUUGAAUGUAGAUUCAACAAAUUAUGUAGAUUCAACAGAUUAUUUGAUGGAUUUGUGUACAUCUCUGUAGGCCUUAAAAUACUCUUAUGUGCAAUAAUUGUUUACGUUGAAAAGAAGCUUAAAUUAUAUUGAGACUGAUAAAUGGAAAUUCUUUCAUUAUACUGAUGCAUUUUUGCACUGUACUGUGUACUAUAUAACAAAGAAGAAAACAAUGAAACAAAUGUUACAAAUGUGCAUCUAUACCACAAUAAAAUCUCAAAUAAAGCCAGAAAAUUUCUAAUCAGAAAUAUAGUAUAUAGUAAUGCUUAUGUCUGUAACAGGGUUGACAAAACAAUCAAAACUUUUCAGAGAAAAACAGUCAUAAAACAUGAUAUUACAUAGCCUGAGAUGCCACAAUACAAUUUCUCAUCACUUUAUGCUGUCCUUACUCCCUAGCUAUUUAAAACGUGGUGUUUAAAGUUGUUUUAAAUUUUCAACUGUUCAAAGUUGAGAAGGCACCAAUUUCGUGGAAUGACCCACAUUACAGAGGGGGGUCUAUGGUGAAUGUAAGCAUAUGAAUGAAUAUAAAUGAAUAAUUAUGAUUUAUGUGAUACCUAAGAUCUUAAUUAAGUGAUCUUAAGUGUAUGUAUGUGUGAUUUGAAUACAUUUGAAUAAACUUUAAU